UCUCCUUCGCUUUUCCCUUCCUUUUUUUAAGCCAAAGCUGGAUGUGUAGAUCGUCACAUGUUGUUUCCUCUCUUCAGUCUGAACAUCAGCCGGCAUGUGUUAUUUAUUGCUUGGCUGCGGGAGAAGACGAGCGCACGUACGGCUCUGGAAAUAGAGGAUUAAAAAUAAAGCGCGGAGUUUUUCUUUCUUUUUUUUUUUUCUUCAAGCGACUCCUGGAAAUUCAAGCGCUGCGGUCUGGUCUGGUCUGGUCUGGAGGAACACGAGAAUGGCGAGUCCGCCAACCACGGGCGGUCAGGCGCUGAUGACCAGCACUAGUAAUGCAAACGUCAAUAACAGCGCGAAAAAAUGUGGAUAUCUGAAGAAGCAGAAACACGGACACAAGCGCUUUUUCGUUUUAAAGGAGCCGUGUGAAGGAUUCCCUGCCCGGCUGGAGUACUACGAGAACGAGAAGAAAUGGAGAAACAAGUCCGCCGCUAAGAGAGUUGUUCCCCUGGACUGCUGCCUCAACGUCAGCAAGAGAGCGGACGCGAAACACAAGUAUCUCAUUGCUCUUUACACCAAGGACGAGUAUUUUGCCGUGGCGGCGGAAAACGAGCAAGAACAGGAGAACUGGUACCGGGCGCUGACGGACCUAAUGGCCGAGGGGAAAGUGUGUGACGGCUCGGCGUCCAACUCUGCGUCCUCACUGGUUGGCUUCGACGAGACGAGUUACGGUGUAAUAACGCCGGUGGCCGCCGCCUACAAGGAGGUAUGGCAGGUUAACCUCAAAUCCAGGGGACUGGGACAGAGUAGGAAUCUGACCGGGGUGUACAGGCUCUGUCUCUCCAGCCGAAUGAUCAGCUUCGUUAAGCUCAACUCGGAGGUCGCCUCUGUCGUACUACAGCUGAUGAACAUCCGAAGGUGCGGCCAUUCCGACAGCUUUUUCUUCAUCGAGGUGGGUCGAUCUGCAGCCAUCGGUCCAGGGGAGCUGUGGAUGCAAGCUGAUGACUCAGUAGUGGCUCAGAAUAUCCACGAAACUAUCCUAGAGGCCAUGAAAGCCAUGAAGGAGCUGUCGGAGUUCCGCCCUCGCAGCAAAAGUCAGUCAUCUAGCACCAACCCCAUCUCUGUGCCAACAAGGAGGCAUCUGAAUAAUCUCCCACCGAGCCAGACCGGCCUCCCCCGGAGGUCCCGUACUGACAGCACCUCUGCCACAUCUCCUGUGAGUAGUAAAUGCCUGUCUUGUCGUAUACGCACGGCCAGCGAGGGCGAUGGCACCAUGACACGCCCAAUGUCUGUCACUGGGAGCCCCCUCAGCCCAGGGGUCCACAGGACCCUCCUGAGCCGGUCUCACACCCUAACAACACGGCCCUCCUUGACUUUUGAAUCUUCUACUCUCCAGCAUAGUAAGUCCAUGUCUAUGCCCCUGUCUCAUUCUCCGCCUGUGGCCAACCCAUGCUCAGGACAUGUGUCCAACUGUGUGGACAGCAGUGUCCCCCGCCCCUCCAGCUGCAGUGCAUCAUUCUCAGGCUCUCCCAGUGAUGCAGGCUUUAUAUCAUGUGAAGAAUAUGGCUCCAGCCCUGCUGAUGCACGGGACCUCAGGUUACCCCUAACCCUUCGCAGCAACACUCCUGAAUCUCUGAAAGCAGAAACCCCUCCCUCCAGGGAUGGGAGUGAACUUGAUGGCUACAUGGUGAUGGAGAGGCAAAAUCAGAAUGGCUACCGGCGGCUGUCAGAGCUGGAUAAAGUGUAUCGAAAGCGAACAUACUCCCUCACUACCCCCCGUCAGCAGAGGCGACCCCCUCAGGUGUCCUCAGCUUCUCUGGAUGAAUACACUCUCAUGAGGGCCACAUACACCAGUGGAAGCCGGUCUUCUUUGAGGUGUCACACGGCAUCACCUAAAGGAAGCGGGCUAGAAGAUUACAGGGAUGUUCACAUCAGCUCUAACAGUCUCCAAGGUGACAGCGGCUACAUGCCAAUGAUGCCUGGAGUUGCACCCCAGACUCCAGGGUCCAAGGACGACCCAUACAUGCCCAUGAGCCCUAUGUGUGUUUCUGCUCCAAAGCAGAUCAUCAAUCCACGUUCACACUCCUGCACCGCAGGGCUAGCCCCACGCACAGACUCCCCUGGGAGUAUUUCUCUGGAGGACAAUGGCUACAUGCCUAUGUGGUGCGGACACAAGAUGUCAGUGGAAAGCAGUGAUGGAAAGCCAAGCAAUGGAGAGUACCUGUACAUGUCUCCCGUUGAUGCUCUGGUUUCUCUCACACCUCCAGAGUACCUUCUCAGCCUCUCAGGAGACCCACACUUCCACCACAGACAGCCUUAUUGUUACAGCUCCCUACCAAGAUCAGUCAAAGGACAGUUGCAGCGAACUGGGUCUGCUGACACCGACCAGUAUGUUGUAAUGAGUUUACAGAGACAACGGAUAGAAGAAGAGUCAAAUGGUGGUCCCGUCUCACCUGGAGAAUCUGGAACCAGUAGCUCCCCAGGUACGCCAACCACUCCAUCUUCUCUCCCUUCUCUUCUAAAACUGACUCGGUCAGAUGGAGGCCUGUUGCAUCGCAGCAGGGUGUGCCGGCCCACCCGCCUGGCUCUGGAAUCCCUUCGAACACUACCAUGUAUGAGUGAGCAUCCCCUUCCCUCAGAACCUCGCAGCCCUGGAGAGUACAUCAAUAUUGAUUUUGGUACUUCUGCCGACGUCCCACUGUUGGAGAGCUCAGAGGCUGGAAGCGUAAUGUGUACAGAGGAGGGAUCACUGUCUCUGUCAAACUAUGCUAACAUUGACAUCAAGUCAUCGGUUCAUCUUGAAUCACACCAAGUAGAAGGUUCCCACCCACCGGGGUGUCUUAACCAUACAUCUGAAGUCUUGAUGUGCUCCAGCAUGGUGAGCAACCAGCAGGACACACAGAGAGUUGAAGGGAAGGAGGAUGAAAAGAGAACGGAGGGAGAGACAAAGACAAUGGGACAGAAAGGGAGUCCUGUAAGUGAGCCUGCUAUUACCAAAAGUGACUACACUGAGAUGACCUUUGGUCCACCUGCUCCUUUAUCUGUUCUCUGCGCCACUGAUGCCACCCCUCUCCCCACCAGCCCCACUGCAUGUGUGAAGAGACUCAGUCUUGAAAGCAGCUUAGUGGAUGUGGUGCCCCCUGUGCCAGUGGAUUCUUUCCUACUUGGGGCACCAUCGUUAUCUCUCAGUGUUGUAGAUCCAGACCGGGGGGCCAAGGUUAUCCGGGCUGACCCUCAGGGGCGUCGCCGCCAUAGCUCCGAGACCUUCUCCUCCACCACCACUGUGACGCCCGUGUGCCCGUCUUUCGCCCAUGACACCAAGCGGCACAGCUCCGCAUCUGUGGAGAACGUGUCCCGCUCUGUCCACAGCUCUGAGGAGCCCGGCGAGGACCACACCAGCCCCAUGUGCAGGGAAACGUCAGCGGGGUAUCAAAACGGACUGAACUACAUUGCCUUAAACUUGAUGGAAGGGAACCUCGGAGGGGGCAGGUUAGGCAGAUGCGACGAAUUCCUGAGGUUCAAGACGACUUGCGGCUGCAAAGGGGGUCUAAAUGGGUUCAGCGCCAGCCCCUAUGCCAGCCUGGGAUUCAAGGAGACUACUACUGCUGCUGUGAAAGCCAAGGCUCUCGUUCUCUGAGCCGCAGCCGGCGUGGAGCUCAGUUCAAGUCAUCGGGUUCCCCAGAAAAACAAAAUGAAGACUGAUGGGUCUUCCCGCCUCUCCUCCUCUUCUUCCUCCCCUUCCUGUGAAAGUGAAACUCCGCUGUAUCCAGAUGAUAAGGUCACCACUGCAACAGCUGGACAGCUGACGUCCCUUAACCUCUUCGCUGCCCUCUGUGGGGAGUUUGGAGACGGCCAUAACCACGGAAACACAGACAUUUGACCCUUGACCUAAUUCCCUCCUCUCCUUUUUUCUCAGCACCCAAACAUCCAGGUGCCAUUGCUGCUGUAGUGCUAGACCAAGAACUCCAACAGAAUAUGAAACUCUUAACACUAGAUAGGUAACUUUAUCUCAUUUCCUAGGCCUUCGAUCUCUUCUGCAGUACAUUAUUAGAGCAUUUACUGUUGUAGUUUAUUCCAUUUACAGACUUAGGAUCGGAUUUUAUUUUGGCUUCAGCCAAGUAGUUGUCAGAUUUUUCUCACCUGAAAACCUGUGAACCAAACCUGGAGAGCAUGCGUACGCAAUUACAUGCAAAGAAAAAAAAAAUGUUAUCAGUAUCCAUGAAUACUGAUAACAUGUAUUUAUUUAUUUAUCUAUGAUGUAUGUAUGUAUUAAAUGAAAAGGGUGUGAGAAUCUGCAUACAGGGUUGAGCUGCAAAAAGAAGACGGCAUUUGUGAGCAUAUUUAAAAGUCAAAGGUAAUGUCUACUUACACAAGAAAAAAAAACCCUACCUCAGCACUGAGUCAAACAGUAGAAAUAUAUAUGAAAUAUUUAUUUUCAGAGGUGAAUGUUAAAAUAAAAUGCAAAAAAGUACAAAAAAAAAAAAAUACAUCAAUCCAAAGCCUUACUCUAGCCAUCAGUCUCAUUCUGAUGGACCCUUUUAGUUUGGACCUUUAAAUACACAGUAUCAAAGAUUUACCUGAUCAUUUUAACUGACUGAAUGUUUAUCAGAGCCAGCCUCUCUGAGAUUAAGUUCCUUAUCUUGCCACAUCUAUAACAAAAGUGAUGUAUUCAAAGUCCAGAGUAAUAUAUUUAUUAUGAUCCAUAACAUGGUGUUUUCACACAGAGAGAAUUAAUGCCAGGAGGACCUUAGUAGCACCACAGGCGCACGCAGCAGAGCAUCAGAUCUGUGUCUGCCUGUCUGAGCACAAGUCUCAUUUCACCUGUGACAUCCUGCACAAGUCCUGCAGGAAACGAUGACCCACCUGGACUGGGCAUGGACCGGCGUGAGAUUCUAAUGUGAUGACAACUUUGGAGAAAAAUACCAGUUUCACUGUACCAAGGAAACCCUAAAGGAAAAUACUCUUAUUUAAAUCAAGCAUGUAGAGACAAUUAUAAUAAUGCUAUCUGUCAUUUUUUCAUUUAAAGUUAUUUUGACAAAGAGCUACACAAACAUUUUAUUAUAAGAACAUAAAAUGUUGGGAUCAUUUUCAAGGGUGUGUUAUGUAGACUAAGAUAUUAAUGAGCAGGUUAAUUAUAGCUCAGUUUGCCAGUAGAUAUAUUUUUACUUUAACAAGAGCAAUGAACACUGCUGUUUCCACAGCAUGACUGUCCUUGUUUUUGCCAACCAUAAAUAUCGAAACCAAACAGCUGAAUCUGUCUUUCUAGUAAGCGAGGGAAAACCGUGGCACCCUUUCUUCAGCCAGCUAACCUGCAGUGGCAAUCGCUGAAAACGAAAAUGUGGCAGAACACGUUGACAGCUAUAAAAGUUCAACUUUUUGAAAGCCUUGAUAACAGAAACCGGUCCAUGGCCAGUCAGGACAAGCGUCAGGAGAAUGAAUGUUUGCGAGCGAUUUAUACAGCCUAGGAUAGUAUUUUUCCCCUCAUGUGAUGCCUCAUUGCAGCGCUCCGUCACCAAAGCAAUGUGGCACACGAGCCUCGCAGGGACCACGGGGCCCCGCCCUUUGAUUAGGCUUCUCUGCGCAGUCCUGCAUUUUCAAACUUUCCAGAUUGUAACACAAGACACGCUGAAUGUAGUACGUGCUGUGUUCUGAGCCUGGGAACGCAGGCUUCAACAAGGCAACAUCCAGAUGUACUCACCGGAAACCACCACACUUACACUCGCCGAACGAAAACCAAGGGAAGCAUUUUAUUUAUCUCAAAUCACAGGUACCUUCGCCUAUAUACUGUAGAUAGUGCGGCGUUACAGAGAAUUACAUCUGAGCAAAUGCUGAGAAAAUUUCAGAGGUGUUAAGUUAAAUAAUAUGUUUGUACUGUACAUAGUAUGUGUUUGAGUGAUUUUUUUUUCCUGACAACAAAAGCACUAAUUAAGUUAUACGAUGACCAACAAGGUUUCGCUUUUGAUUAUUUUUCUUUCUUUUUUUUUUUACUGUCAUGUCUUGCAAAAUGGAUGCCACUAUGAGGACAUUUUCUAAUGCUGUAGUUCUGGAAUAUAAAAUAAAAAAUAGAAAGAAAAAAAUGAUUAAUACUUGACACAAUUACUUCUUGAUACUUAGGUACGACACACAUGGCAUCUAUGCAAUAUUUACACCUUUCGAAAAAAUUAGUUUACAGAGAUGAACCAAAUGUAGAAAUAAUGUUGAUAAUGUUUUUAAAAAAUUAAAUCAAAAAUGUUUGCCAUUUGUACAAUUUUUGUCCUCCAAUUUUGAAAUGGAAAACCUUUUGGCUUUUUUUUUCAUUUUCUUUUAGCUAAUGAAAUAUUUUUGGCGUUUUGAGCAGUGUUUUGCAUUUUGGAAAAUGUUUUUAUUCAGCAUCAGAAAAAGGUUACGACAUGGGCUUUGGCUUGCCUUGCUGUGUCUUCAUUGUAAAUAUUUCAUAUCAUGCACAUUGUGAUGCUACUAAGAAAUGAUAAUUUAAACUUAGCUUAUUGCUUUAGAUUGUAUUGAUUCUUUAUAGAUACAUGCAAUAAAUGAUAUUUAAGAAAAUUGAA